AUUCACGAUUCCCGCGCUACGAUAUCAAGCCAGCACAUGAUACUGUGCUAAUCAUUGUCGUCGAAAAUUUUACAACUAAAGAAGGAGUUACAUUGGAUAAACGAAGAGGUUCUGAUAUCGACUUUAACAAUGUUAAGAAAAUUUGGGAAAAAAUUGGUUUCACUGUUGUAUCACACAAGGAUUUGAAAGCUGAUGAUAUUCGCAAAGUUGUACGAGACACUGCCAAUCAAAUAAAUGAAAAUUCCAGCAGUUUUGUAUGCCUCAUUACAACUCAUGGUGAUAUGGGCAAAAUAUAUGGUUCUGAUUCCGAGUGUCUUGACUUUAAGGAAGUCACGGAUGCAUUUAAAGCGGCUCAAUGUCCACAUUUGGCUGGUAAGCCAAAACUCUUCUUUAUCAUAGCCAAUGGAAUACGUCAGAAAGAAAAUGCAAGUACAGUCUCGCCUGAUGCAGCAACAUUGGCGACAGGUUCUGGUGAUGCAAAAACACCAGUGACAGGUGUAAUGACUGAUGCACCAGUAGAAUUGACAAAUGCAGUAAUACAAGAUGGUGGUGUCGAUUAUGACCAUAGGAAUGAUUCAAUAUUUCGUGACAAGUUGGAUCCAGAUGAACCUCACUUUCUAAUUGCAAGUUCAUUAGCACCAGGUAAACUAAAAUUAUCUCCUCCGGUUCUGUUUUUUGCUAUUAUAGAUAUGCCAUGCAGAAACCGUUACGAGAAAGUCUACGAAUUUACCCAGAAAUGUUGUAAUGGUAGCGGAAGUGUCUGGUUGGGGUACAAGUUAGGUUCAGGAAUAGUGUCGUGUUUAAAGUAUGG